CAAGUCAAGUGCUAGGUUCUGAGCGCACACAAACACACACAAACACACACACACACAUCGUGUCCAGGACCUCCGAGAGACUAGUUUAAGGGACGAGGCCUGAAAGAUUUUUAAGAUGAUGUUGGCGUCGCUUGUGGGGAUGUUGCUCCUGCAGAUGGGAGCGGCAACGAUGGAGAGAGCAAUUCAUGACUACAACGUCUACCACCCCUAUACUGAGAUUGACAGCUGGAUGACCGGGAUUCUGAUUGACAACCCGGACAUGGUGUCUAUUGAGCGCUACGGCCAGACCUACGAGAAGAGAGACAUCAACUUGCUCAGGAUCGGGGAGAGGACAGGGGCGAUGAAGAAGGUCGUCUGGAUGGACUGCGGGAUCCAUGCCCGGGAGUGGAUCUCACCGGCCUUCUGCCAGUACUUCAUCAAACAGAUCCUGCAGGAGUACAGAGUCCACGGUAGCAAGAUGGCAGCGAUGAUGAAGGAGAUGGACUUUUACGUCACCCCUGUCCUGAACGUGGACGGAUACAUCUACUCCUGGCUCAACGGGACCCGUCUGUGGAGGAAGAACCGUUCUCCUGGAACCGGCAGCUGCAGCUGCUACGGCACUGACCUCAACCGCAACUUCAACGUCACCUGGGGCACGAUCGGCGUGUCGACCGACUGUUGCUCAGAGACGUACGGCGGCACGGCGGCCCUGUCGUCGCCCGAGGCGGCAAGCGUGACGCGCUACCUGGAGCAGAGGAAGGCCGACGUGCUCCUCUUCCUCACCAUCCACUCGUACGGCCAGCUCAUCCUGGUGCCUUACGGCAACCCCAACCUCACUGCGCCAAACUACGGCCAACUGAUGAAGGUGGGUCUGGCGGCGGCGGCGGAGAUGAAGAAGGUCCAUGGGAUGAGCUACAGGGUCGGGACCUCGCCCGACAUACUGUACCCUAACUCCGGAUCUUCCCGGGAUUGGGCCCGUCUUGCCGGCAUUCCCUACUCCUUCACCUUCGAACUCCGUGACAACGGGACUUUCGGCUUCGAACUCCCCGAGGACCAGAUCCAGCCAGCCUGCGAGGAGGCCUACUCCGGUGCAAUGCACAUCAUCAACCACGUCCACCGCGAGCAGUUCAACGCGGCAGUGUCAGUGGCUACAGCCUCCCUGUUGGGGGUGCUGUUGGCCACAUGCGUCACUGUAGCAAACAAUGCUUUUUGAAAUUAUCACGAUUAGUAUAUAUUUUUUUUCACAAUUUGCUUUUGGUGGCUUGGUGAAAUUAUUUAGGAAUCAAAGUAUUUUUUUGUAAGAUAUUUCACAGUUAAAAAAAAUUACAUU